AUGAUGAAAGUUAACCCAGAAAACUCAUUUGAAGAAUCUCCAAAGGAAAGACCUCCAAAGAUCGCCAAGACCCUGCAAGAAGGAGAAGAAAGCGAGGAGGAAGAAAAAGAAAAGGAAGAAGUUGAUAAAUCAAUGAAGCCAGGAGUUCAGCGCUACUUGGUAGCUGUUGAGUAUAUAGGCACUCGAUUCUGUGGCUCCCAGAAACAGCUCAAUCAUAGAACUGUUGUUGGUGUCCUUCAGGAUGCAGGAGUACAUGCAUUGUCGAAUGUUUGCCAUGUCGAUGUGGAACGCAUAAGCAAAAGGAAGCCAGGUGAAGUGUUACCGCCUCAUGAACCAGCAGUAGUAAGAAAAGCUGUGAACCAUUUCUUGCAGUAUGAUGUGGUGGUUGUUGGUUGUGCUCUUUUGAGCACUCAACAGGUGAAACCUCUGGUGGCACUCUUGUGCUUUAUGAAGAUGGGGCACCUUUUAGUAGUUGAAGUUGGAGUUGAUGGCUUGGAAUGGUUCAUGUUAUUUGCAGUUGCAAGAACCCAGAAGAAUGAAGGUGAUAUUAUGGUGACUGAUGUUCGAAGUGUUCCAGCUGAUUUCCAUGCAAGAUUCAAAGCUCAAGAGCGCACGUACUUCUACCGCUUGCUGACUGGACCAGAGCCUCUGUCCACCUUUGAGAAAGAUCGGGCAUGGCAUGUUUCAGUGGAGUUAGAUCUCGUUGCUAUGCAGGAAGCUUGCAAAGUUCUUGUUGGGCAUCAUGAUUUUAGUUCCUUCCGGGCAUCUGGUUGCCAGGCAAAAUCACCAAUCAGAACAUUAGAUGAACUUUCUGUUAUGGAGGUGGUUUCAAAUCCACAUUUUCCAUCAAUCACAGAAAGAGAACAGAACAGUUCAAAUGGGGAGGGUCCUCAAUCAUUCUGUAACAGUUCAACUGGAUCCAUUUCCAACAGUAUUACGGUAGGGGGCUCCAAUAGUGGAACUGGUCUAGGUUUUGGGAGGAGGCGACAUUGCUGCUAUGUCAUAACAGCACGUGCUCGGUCUUUUCUUUACCACCAGGUUAGACUGCUCGUUGGCGUUCUUAAAUCGGUCGGCACUGGGGAUCUAACAAUUUCUGAUGUGGAAAGAAUACUGAAUGCCAGGUCUUCAGAUGCUGCAAGCCCUAUGGCCCCUGCAUGUGGUCUCUACCUUGGAGACGUUAAUCCACAUCAGGCACUUGAAAUUGGGAGCAACAUCAUAUCCAUGGGACCAGUUGGACCGUGCAGAAAGAUGUUGGAACCUUAUGCAAGCUCAAACAAGUCUGUUAGGGUCGCGUAUUUUCAAUGA